AUGCGCGACGUGCGCCGCCGCGAGCGCCUCGCCGGCCUCAAGCGCGUCUCCAAGCGCGACAAGAAGGGCAAGACAAGCCCCGCCCACCACCCAUCGCCGGAUGCGGCCGUCCCGCCGCCCACCGCUGCCACGGCCACGGCCACGGCCACAGACACCGCAGAUCCGCCCGCCUCGUCGUGCCGCGCCCUGACGCUGCCCACUCGCUUCAAGUCGCCGCCCUCGUGGAACUCGCCCGCUGGCUACCAGCGCCUGCCGCACCUGUUCGUGCAGCCUGCCGGCUGCGACUACGACCCCUUCUCUACCUUGCCCCUGAGCGACGAUACCAGGCCGUUCAUCCAGAGCCUGAUGGGAUACAUGGCCGCCGUCAUGCUGCCCAUGACGUUCCCCGUCGAAAUGAAAAACCCCAAGGAAGGCCAAUUCAGAAUUAAUAUGAUGGUCAAAAGCGCGAUUUCGGACCCCGGUCCGUUUUUCGCCUACAUGAGUCUGGCUGCCGCCCACCGGGCCAUCAUGCAGUCCGAAAACAACCUUAACCUGGACGAGAUGGAUGCCAGGAGCAUUCGCAAUCCAGACCUGUAUGCUAUGAAAGCCCAGUGCAUGUCCGAAAUGAAUAAAAAGUUGCAGAAGCAGGAAACUGCGGCGGAUGAGUCGGCGUUUGAAACUAUUAUGUUUUUGAUUUCUGCUGCUGUGACUUGUGGGUUUUUUACUGAAGCUCGGAUACAUUUCGAAGGCGUAAAGAACAUGGUCAAGCUCAGGGGGGGUAUCACCUCCCCCAGCUUUGAGGCCAGUCGGGCUUUGGGAGGCGUUGUAUUGUGUGAUGUGAAAAUUGCAUACGGGCAGCUGAGCCGUCCAUUUUAUCCAAUAGCAUGGGAGUCAUUCCCGGUCCCGCCUCCAAUGGCCGCUCGGAUAUUCCCUCCCAAAUCCUCCCCCCUAAACAUAAUCACAUCCAGGCUGGCAAACAGUCCAUACCUCAGCGACACGCUAAAAGUUGCAAUAAACAAGAUCAGAGAACUGAUAUUUUUUGAACACUUUAACCGCGAAGAGACCAACUGCCUGACCAGCGACGAAAAUGAAUUUUUCCGCGUUCGCGUCCACGAACUAGAACAUGAACUGCUAGACUACCCCUAUCGAAUCUUCAAAAAGAAACCCGUCUCCAAGGCCGCCGCCAAAGGCACCCCGGACGAACUCGCCCUCCCGCCCAUCGAAAACGUCACCCGCCUCGCCUGCCUCGGCUACAUCAGCCACAACUGCGUCUUCGCGCCGUCCACGUCGGGCGUCGGCCGCGCCGUCACCCUGCACAUCGCCACCGCGCUCUCCAAGUGCCCGCCGGACGAGCCCACGCGCCUGGCCGACGACCUGCUCGACCUCCUCGCCUGGGCCGCCUUCGUCGGCGUGCAGUCUGAAGGCAUCCACCUCAAGCGCCCGUGGUUCCUGCUCAAAAUCCGCCAGGUCGCGGCACUGCGGCGCUGGACGGCCUGGAAGGAGGUCGAGGCCGCCCUGCUGGGCUUUCUGUAUGUGCCGAGCUUCCAUGCCGCGUCGUGGGAGAUGAUCUGGAAUAAUGCGAUGCGUGUUUCGACGGUGACGGAGGAGAGUUGA